AUGUUAUUACCACCUUGCUGGACAAUAUCAUCAAGUGCAAUUGAAAAUUCAUCAUCGAUUGAUGAGAUGAUGUUAUCAACGGCAACGGCAUCGAAUCAGCAUCAACCAAACUUUUGGUUUUCGGGUAAUCCUAUUCCGUCCUUCUUUGCUCCGUCAUCGUCGGGAAGUGCGACGAAUGCGCCAGACAGACAUCCUUACAUUCAAUCAACAAUGCCAAAUAAAAUCCUUUUCGAUACGAAUCCAUGUAGUUCAAGUUCGGCAAGUUCACCCCCAUUGUCCAAUGAUUUUCUCUUGACACGUUCAAAUGCUCCGGCAACAUUAAACUUAACACAAUUCAAUUACAUCCAACAGAGUCAUCAUCAUCAUCCAUCAACAAAUAGUUUUCAUCCACGAGAUGAUUGGUCACAAAUACCAAUCGGACAAGCCACCAUCUCGUCUCCGUCUACUGCGGCAUGGACAAAAGGUGUUCCGAUUGAGAAUUCGCAAGUAACACAUUAUUCCGGAGUGGUUAAUGGAAAUGAAUCAAUCAAAGAUAUGAAACGGAAAAGUAGUCGGCCGACAUUUACUGGCCAUCAAAUUUUCGCGUUGGAAAAAAUGUUCGAAAGUUCGAAAUAUCUAGCCGGAACUGAACGGUCACGGCUGGCAUCGCAAUUGUCUAUGAGUGAAGCACAAGUUAAAGUUUGGUUUCAAAAUCGACGUACGAAAUGGCGAAAGAAACACGCAGCUGAGGUUCAUAGUGGAAGCGGUAGUAAACGCACGAAAAAACGCGAUGAAGACUCAAUUCCUAAUAUCGAAUCGGAUUCAAAUUCAGAUUAG